AUGGCUGAGAUGCUCCUGAAGGCCCAAAAAUACAUGAAUGCGGAAGACGCUCUAGCUGCCAUAAAAGAUACCGAGAGGCUGGGAGACAAGUCCAAGCGGGAAGACGACCGCAGAGGGCCAUUACACUCGUCCCCCAACGUACGUGACAAGAACAAGUAUUGCCGGUUCCACAGAGACCACGGCCAUAACACAGAAGAUUGCAGAGACCUGAGGGAACAAAUAGAGGAGUUAAUACGGAAAGGAAAGUUGCAGAAAUUUGUAAAGAAAGGAGAAUAUAGCAAGUUCAGAGACGACAACAGGACCCAAAAAGAAUCCUUCAAUCGGGAUGACGACCAUACAUCCCAACCUCCACGCAAGGUGAUCGGGGAGAUAAACACGAUCACGGGAGGACCAUUCUCAGGAGGGUCAUUCAGAUCGCUUAGAAAAGCAUGCUACAGACAGGUAAACAGCGUCCACGCCAUUCCUCCGUCCAAGUACCAACGAACGUACCAAGAUAUGUCCUUUAAUGAAGGAGACGCCAGGGGAGUGAAACAGCCUCACAACGAUCCCCUGGUCAUAGUACUGAAUAUAGAAGGGUUCAAUACCAGAAGGAUCCUUGUUGAUAACGGAAGCUCAGCGGAUAUCAUCUACCUCCCAGCCUUCCAGCAGUUGAAGUUAGAUCCAAAAAGGCUCCGUCCUUUUGACUCUCCGCUGGUCAGUUUCAGUGGAGACAGGGUCUACCCCAGGGGUAUAGUGACUCUGACGGUGACAGUAGGAACCUACCCGUUGCAGCUGACCAAACAAGUAGAUUUCCUGGUUGUAGAUUGCCCCUCAUCUUACAAUGUCAUCAUUGGGAGGCCUACCCUAAACAAGUGGAAGGCAGCAACGUCCACAUAUUGUUUGAAGGUGAAAUUCCCAACAGACGAUGGUGUAGGUGAGGUGAAGGGUGAUCAGGUCCUGGCAAGGGAGUGCUACCAGGCCGUACUGGCAAGAAAGGAGAACCACACGUGGACGAUAGAAGAAAAAGAGGAAGACGGAGUGGAGACCCUGGAAGCAGUGGAGUUGGUAGAAGGAAAUGCGGACAGGACAACCAGGAUAGGGACGACGCUAAGCCCUGAGAUGAGAACGAGACUUAUAAAGUUCCUUAAAGGGAAUCUUGAUGUCUUUGCAUGGAGUCACGAGGACAUGCCAGGCAUUUCUCCAGAGAUCAUCCAGCAUAGACUGAAUGUGGACGCCAACAGGAAGCCCGUUCAGCAACGACGAAGAACUUUCGCUCCAGAGCGAGAUCAAGCAGUAGCAGAAGAGGUAACCAAACUCUUGACGGCUGGAUUCAUCCGGGAGGUAUACUACCCAGAAUGGCUCGCCAACGUCGUCCUGGUGAAGAAACCAAACGGAAAGUGGAGAAUGUGUGUAGACUUCACUGACUUGAAUAAAGCAUGCCCAAAGGACAGCUUCCCUCUACCAAGGAUAGACCAGCUCGUGGACUCUACCGCUGGACACAAGUUGUUGACGUUCAUGGACGCCUUUUCAGGGUACAACCAGAUAAAGAUGGCUGAAGAAGACCAGGAGAAGACCGCCUUCAUCACCAGCCAGGGACUCUAUUGUUAUAAGGUGAUGCCUUUUGGGUUGAAAAAUGCUGGAGCUACAUAUCAGAGGUUGGUAAACAAAAUGUUCAACCAACAAAUUGGCAGAAACAUGGAGGUAUAUGUAGACGAUAUGCUCGUCAAAAGUAAGGAAGAGCUCGCUCAUCUGGACGACCUGGAGGAG